AUGUCCGAGGCCCAGGUGAAAGCCCGCUUUUUCACAAAGGAGGACGACGAGACGCUCCGCGCGUCCGACGCCCCGUUGUUCGUGCCCACGUCCUUGAAGAGGUACGGGUUGUCCGAGGUGGUCAACCAUCUCUUGGAAAAAGAAGAGCCCGUGCCCUUCGACUUCUUGAUCGACGGCGUGUUGUUGCGCUCGUCCUUGGACGAGUACUUGACCAAGAACGGCUUGUCUGCCGAGGCCACGCUCCAGAUCGAGUACACCCGUGCCGUGCUUCCCCCUUCGUUUUUGGCCUCCUACAACGACGACGACUGGGUCUCCAGCAUAGCCACCAUCAACCACGCGUCGCCGGCCGUGGCCGCCCAGCGCGGCGCCAGCUUGGCCUCGCCGCAGAUCUUGGCCGGCUCCUACGACGGAGUCGUGCGCACCUACAACAUGUCCGGCCUGGUGGAGACGCAAUACGUGGGCCACCUGGCCCCCGUGCGCGCCGUGCAGUGGGUCUACGCCAACCGCAUCGUGUCCGCCGGCAACGACAGGCAGGUGCGGUUGUGGAAGACCGCAGCCGCGGAGGGCGUGGGCUUGGUGGACGACGACGACGACAAGGACGACAAGGACGACAAGGACGCGCAAAGCGGCCGCACGUUGGUCAUUCUCGACGCCCACAAGGCGCCCGUGGUGGCCCUUGACGUCAGCGUGGCGUCCCACCGGCUCUUGUCUGCAGGCAGCGACGGAGUGGUCGGGUUCUGGUCCACGGUGCCCAAGGAGAUGAACGUCGUGGAGCCGUACGCCGUGGACGCGUCGGGCGCGGGCGCGUCGUCGGCGCUGAAGAAACGAAGACGGAUGGCGCUCAAGGACUCGGGCGUCAAGCACCGCGCGCCGUUGGCGCUUCUCGAGAGCCACACGCAGCCCGUGGAGGGCGUGGUGUUCGACUCCCGCGACAGCCUGGUGGGCUACUCGGUGUCGCAGGACCACACGAUCAAGACGUGGGACUUGGUCACGUCGCGCUGCGUCGACACGCGCAGCACGGGCUACGCGUUGCUCUCCGUGUUGCAGCUCCCGGGCGUCGGCUUGAUAGCCUCGGGCUCGUCCGCGCGGCACAUCAACUUGCACGACCCCCGGACGCAGGCCGGCGCCACGGAGAAGGGCGUGACCAAGCUCCUUGGCCACACGAACUUCGUGGUGGACUUGGCCGCGUGCCCGACGAACGACACCAUGUUUGCCUCGGCCUCGCACGACGGCACGGUCAAGGUGUGGGACGUGCGGGCAGACAGGGCCAUGUACACCAUCACGCGGGAGUCGCGGACGGGCAAGGUGUUUGGCGUCUCGUGGGACCGGGAGAUUGGGAUUGUCAGUGGCGGGGAGGACAAGAAGGUCCAGAUCAACAGCAACCCGUCCACGCAGAAGUAG